AUGUCCACCUUGACCGUGGUCACGCGGCCGGCCAGGCCCGACGAUGCGGUCCAGCUCGAUGGGUUCGUCGACGGAUCGCAUCAGGGCAAGGUCUACGGCAGGUUCAACCUCGGUCAGCUCAUUGAGAACGCGACAGCGACAGUGGUAGUGAUCGACCCCAAACACGACGACGCAGUGGUGGGCUUCCUCUCCGUCACCCGCGAUAUCCCCCUUCCAUUUGGCGUUCCCAAGGAUCGGGGACUUGAGCGGAUGCAGUGGGCAAAAAGCGAAGCCUCCGCGGUGGGUUACCCGUCAGACGUCGCCGCCUGGGUCGCAGGGUGCGGCGUGAAGGCGGGUUACGAGAAGGUCGCCGUGGCGCCCAUGCUGAAGGCUGCUUUCCAGCUGCUCCCUCACCUCGACGCCGUCCUCAUCGCCGCGCCGCCGGAGGUUGAGCGCGAACCGGUGGGAACUUCCUUCGUGAAGAUGGCGAGGACGAUGAAGUUUGCGUUGUACGCCGCGUCCAGGGAAAGCGUGUUACCCCGCCUGAGGGUGAGACUCGCGCGGGUGGACGACCACGACGAUCUGCUGCCCUUGGUGGCGUCGGCGGCGAACGACCCGUACGCGGCGGGCGGACCUCUGUCGCGCCUUCCGGGUGGGUCCGAAGCAUCAACCUCCGAUCGUGCUUCCGGGGGGAUGGGAGACGAAUACGCGCUCGCGACGCUCAUAUCGAGGGCGCUCGAUGACCCCGGUAAGAAGUGCGUGCUGGUCGCGGAGGCUGAGGAAGGAAAAACUGGCAAGAUGUCCUUCGUCGGCGUGAUGGCGGUGGAAGCCGUCGACGUCGAGGAGGCGGCUUCGCUCGCUGGUAAGUACGACCUGGCAGCUUACGACAACCUCAUGCCGGCGCCGGAUGACGACGGCCCGGGCGACGGAAACGAUGAGGAUAACGCGACGAAGGAGCCGGUGGCGAUCCGGGUCACGAUGCUGUGCGUCGACGGGGCGUACGAGAGUCAAUCUGCCGAUUUCCUCGAUCACGCUUUCGAUGCCUUCCCGGAAAAGGACUUUUGUGUUCUGACCCUGCCGCCGCAAGCGCCCGAGCUUCCACUCGCCACUCUCGCCAUGCGCAGGGUCGCGCCGACGGACCCCGAAGCGGACGAUGCUCUGCACGCGUGCCACCGCGCGGGUCAGCUCCGCGGUUUCACCGUCAGACUCGCCAAGGAUGACGACUAUGAGGAGGUUUGGGAUUUGCUCGAGGGGAUGUCGGACCAGGAGGAGCUCUGCACCGCGUUCGCAGACGCCGCCGCGACGUCCAACACGUCCCAAGCUGCGGUCGUGGCCAUCUGCGAAGGUCAAGUGGUUGGAUACGCGACGGUCACCCUGGGAACUGAAAUCAGCUCGCUGGCGCAGUGCUUCGACCUCACCAAGGUUGUCGACGUCGGCGCUCACGGGCAGAGCGCGUUUGUCGAACUGGAAGAUUGCGUGAUGAACCCAAUCUUCGCGCACAAACGCAGAUUCGUGAUGUGCGAGGCGAUGCGCCUGUCGCGCGCUACGUGUGUCCUGUACCAGCUCGCGCCGGGAGAGGAAGAACCUCCGCCCCCGGAUGUGGUCUCCCUGGACUUCCGACUCGUCGCCGGCAGACGGUCGCACACCGGAUUUGACGCGCACUUUGCGCUCUACGCCUUCACCAAUCGCAUAUCAAACUCGCCGCGAGCCGCGAUCAACUCUAGGAUCGUGGUAGUGGGCUCCAACGAGGCUGCGCUCGCGGUGUUGGACAGACUGUUGACCAACAAUCAAUGCGCUUUCAACAACGUCACGCUGGUCACCAACGGGGGACUCGCCGUCGGCGGCGUCGCGUCGAGAUAUAACCGCGCGUCCAUCGCGAAACUCGCGCUGGAGAAUGGAGGUGGAAACACGAGCACGGGCGCCGCCGGCGUCGCUCUCGCCGACGCGGCGGUUGUUGGUCUGGAUAGGGAGGGGAGAUGCGUCUAUCUCGACGACGACAGCAUGCUCAUGUACGAAAUGCUGGUCCUAGUUCCCGGGCGGGGGGACCAGACCCGGCACAGGCUCGGUCUCACGCUCGAGGAUGAGACUCCCGUGGAACGCGUCGUGGACCUGAUGGCGAACCUGACGAAGGAGGAUGCGCAGCGUCUAAAGGCGGUGAUCGUGUACGGUGAUACGAUGGAAGCGAUCGGUGCCGCGCGAAGGCUGCUAACCGCGGGGGUGCCCGCGGCGGCGUUGCGAGUGGUCUCGCCCACCGAGGAGGGCACGCUUUUCGCCGUCGCGGAAGCGGCUGCGUCGAAACUGAGGGCGACGGAAUCUCAUACCGUCGCCGGGCAGCCGGCGCCCGAGAAAGGUCUGACGCUGACUGGCGCGUCGGCAGUUCCGGGUGGGGGUGUGCACGCCGUGUUCUCGAGGGCGGCCACGGGGGAGUCGGUCGAGAUGGAUGCCGACUUUUUGGUCGCGUGCGACCGCGGCGAUUGCGACCCGGCCCUGUUCAAGUGCCUCAACGACGCGGAGAUUGUGUACGACGGUCACGUUGUGAUUGACGCCGCGUUUCGAACCAACGAUCCGGACGUGUACGCCACCGGGGACAUCGCCAAGUUUUCGCGGAGGUACGCGACGGCGGGGGGGAAGUUACAGCCGCUCGACCGCCACGAUCCGAAGGAGAGCGGCUUUCUCCUCGCGGAUUCGCUCAUCGACCGGGUUCGGGGCGUGCGACCGAGGGACGCGCCUCCCGCAUUCAACGCGCCGAAGUGCGAGAGCGUCAUCCUUCCGGGCAAGUGCCAGUUCCUGUUCGUCGCGAGGCCCGCGCGUUUCGAGCGACCGUCGUGGGACGCGCCGCCCGGUGGACGCGCCAUCGAGACUCGGUCCGACGAGCGCGGCUACGCGAGGAUCGACGUCGACGCGGAUGGGAUCGUGUCGGCGUUCUACUACUGCGGCGACGUGAAGGUUGACUCUCAGAGGAUGGGUUGCAUCGUGGGUCUGCCGGUGAGCUACCUCGGGGAGGACCUUUCAUCCGCGGCGUGUCUGUUGACGCAUCUGGACCAGGACGCGUUCGCGGCUGUGUUUCACGAGGGGUUCGCGCAAGCGCACCGGAGCGCGGUCACGCUCCUGUCGGCUCCCAAAGAUGCGCUGGCGGAGAGUUUCCUGGGUGCUCAGAACGAUGGGGCGAUGGUGCAGGAUAUCGUCAUCGACUUCGUCAGGCGACACGCAUCAGACCUGCCCAUGCUGGCCAUCCCGUCUCGUGCAUAA